ACGUGCUCCAGGCGCUGGCGCGAGAGAGCGAGCGCCACCACCGAGGGCCCGCAGCCGUUCUGCUGGCUGCCACUACUGCUUCGAUCGCAGCCACUAGCGCUUCUGCAGCAGCCAAGGCCGCUACGAAAGCGCAGGGAGCUUGAAAGGAGCGGCUGUCCAGAGGAACAAGGCUCAGAGAGCGCACCUGGUUAUGAAUAUUGUGAUCACAUGGAUGCAUCUAACUCAACAUUUGCUGGGGACUUUGUUAUUUUUUAGAGGAUAAUAUCUCAAUUGCUGUCGAAUUCCUCAAUGCACCACUCAACGCAAGGCAUCAUUUGACUGUACCUAUUGGAAAUCUGAGUUCCCUCCAUCAUGAUGUCUUUAUUAGCUUGAAUUCCUUUCUUAAAAUGGUCCUUCUGUUGAUCCUGUCAGUCCUACUUCUGAAAGAAGAUGUACGAGGGAGUGCACAGUCCAGUGAGAGGAGGGUGGUGGCUCACAUGCCAGGUGACAUCAUUAUUGGAGCUCUCUUCUCAGUUCACCACCAACCAACUGUGGACAAAGUUCAUGAGAGGAAGUGUGGGGCAGUUCGUGAGCAGUAUGGCAUUCAGAGAGUGGAGGCCAUGCUUCAUACCUUGGAAAGGAUCAAUUCAGAUCCUACACUAUUGCCCAACAUCACACUUGGCUGUGAGAUAAGAGAUUCCUGCUGGCAUUCCGCUGUGGCCCUAGAGCAAAGCAUUGAGUUUAUAAGGGAUUCCCUCAUCUCUGCAGAAGAGGAAGAAGGCUUGGUACGCUGUGUAGAUGGCUCUUCUUCCUUCCGCUCCAAGAAACCCAUAGUGGGAGUCAUUGGGCCUGGCUCGAGUUCUGUGGCCAUUCAAGUCCAGAAUUUGCUCCAGCUUUUCAACAUACCUCAGAUUGCUUACUCUGCAACCAGCAUGGAUCUGAGUGACAAGACUCUAUUCAAGUACUUCAUGAGGGUAGUACCUUCAGAUGCCCAACAAGCCCGAGCCAUGGUAGACAUAGUGAAGAGAUACAACUGGACUUAUGUCUCAGCUGUGCACACAGAAGGCAACUAUGGAGAAAGCGGAAUGGAGGCUUUCAAAGACAUGUCAGCGAAGGAAGGGAUUUGCAUCGCCCACUCUUACAAAAUCUACAGCAAUGCUGGGGAACAGAGUUUUGACAAGCUGUUGAAAAAACUUAGAAGUCAUUUGCCUAAAGCCCGGGUGGUAGCCUGCUUCUGUGAAGGCAUGACAGUUCGGGGUCUGCUCAUGGCCAUGAGACGCUUGGGUCUAGCAGGGGAAUUUCUACUUCUGGGCAGUGAUGGCUGGGCUGACAGGUAUGACGUGACAGAUGGGUAUCAGCGAGAAGCUGUUGGUGGAAUUACAAUCAAGCUCCAGUCUCCUGAUGUCAAGUGGUUUGAUGAUUAUUAUUUGAAACUCCGUCCAGAAACAAACCUCAGAAACCCUUGGUUUCAAGAAUUUUGGCAGCAUCGUUUUCAGUGCCGGCUGGAAGGGUUUGCACAGGAGAACACCAAGUACAACAAGACUUGCAACAGUUCUCUGACCCUGAGAACGCAUCAUGUUCAAGAUUCCAAAAUGGGAUUUGUGAUCAAUGCAAUCUAUUCUAUGGCCUAUGGGCUCCACAACAUGCAGAUGUCACUGUGUCCUGGCUAUGCAGGGCUCUGUGACGCAAUGAAGCCAAUUGAUGGGCGGAAACUUUUGGACUCCCUGAUGAAAACCAAUUUUACUGGAGUUUCUGGAGAUAUGAUCCUAUUUGAUGAAAAUGGAGACUCUCCAGGAAGGUAUGAAAUAAUGAAUUUUAAGGAAAUGGGAAAAGAUUAUUUUGAUUACAUCAAUGUUGGAAGUUGGGACAAUGGGGAAUUAAAAAUGGACGAUGAUGAAGUGUGGUCCAAGAAAAAUAACAUCAUCAGAUCUGUGUGCAGUGAACCAUGUGAGAAAGGCCAGAUAAAGGUGAUCCGGAAGGGAGAAGUCAGCUGUUGUUGGACCUGCACACCUUGUAAAGAGAAUGAGUAUGUUUUUGAUGAGUACACGUGCAAGGCAUGCCAACUGGGGUCCUGGCCCACUGAUGACCUGACAGGUUGUGAUUUGAUCCCAGUCCAGUAUCUUCGCUGGGGUGACCCUGAGCCCAUUGCAGCUGUGGUGUUUGCCUGCCUCGGUCUGCUAGCUACCCUGUUUGUUACCGUAAUCUUCAUCAUUUAUCGGGACACUCCGGUGGUCAAGUCUUCAAGCAGGGAGCUCUGCUACAUCAUCCUAGCUGGCAUCUGCCUGGGUUACUUAUGUACCUUCUGCCUCAUUGCAAAGCCCAAGCAGAUUUACUGCUAUCUUCAGAGAAUUGGCAUCGGUCUCUCUCCAGCCAUGAGCUACUCAGCCCUUGUAACCAAGACCAACCGUAUUGCAAGGAUUCUAGCUGGCAGCAAGAAGAAGAUCUGUACCAAAAAGCCCAGAUUCAUGAGCGCCUGUGCUCAGUUAGUGAUCGCUUUCAUUCUUAUCUGUAUCCAGUUGGGCAUUAUUGUGGCCCUCUUUAUCAUGGAGCCUCCGGAUAUAAUGCAUGACUAUCCAAGCAUUCGAGAAGUCUACUUGAUUUGUAACACCACCAACCUAGGGGUUGUUACUCCUCUUGGAUACAAUGGAUUAUUGAUUUUGAGUUGCACGUUCUAUGCAUUCAAGACAAGAAAUGUUCCAGCCAACUUUAAUGAGGCCAAGUAUAUUGCUUUCACCAUGUACACAACCUGCAUCAUAUGGCUGGCAUUCGUGCCAAUCUACUUUGGCAGCAACUACAAAAUCAUCACCAUGUGCUUCUCAGUCAGUCUCAGUGCCACAGUGGCCCUGGGUUGCAUGUUUGUGCCAAAGGUGUACAUCAUCCUAGCCAAACCAGAGAGAAAUGUGCGCAGCGCCUUCACAACCUCUACAGUGGUGCGCAUGCACGUAGGAGACGGCAAGUCAUCAUCCGCUGCCAGCAGAUCCAGCAGCCUAGUCAACCUGUGGAAGAGGAGAGGCUCCUCUGGGGAAACCCUAAGCUCCAAUGGAAAAUCCGUGACUUGGGCCCAGAAUGAGAAGAGCACCCGGGGGCAACACCUGUGGCAGCGACUGUCUGUCCACAUCAACAAGAAGGAGAACCCCAACCAGACAGCGGUCAUCAAACCCUUUCCCAAGAGCACAGAGAGCCGCGGGCCAGGGGCAGGGGCAGGUGGUGGCUCGGGUCCCGGUGCAACUGGUUCUGGUAGCGCAGGAUGCACAGCAGCGACAGGUGGCCCGGAGCCACCCGACGCCGGCCCCAAAGCUCUUUAUGAUGUGGCAGAAGCAGAGGAGCGCUUCCCCGCGGCUGCCAGACCGCGCUCGCCAUCUCCCAUAAGCACGCUGAGCCACCUCGCUGGCUCAGCGGGCCGCACAGACGACGAUGCGCCGUCGCUACACUCGGAGACCGCUGCACGCAGCAGCUCAUCCCAGGGCUCGCUCAUGGAGCAGAUCAGCAGCGUGGUGACGCGCUUCACUGCCAACAUCACCGAGCUCAACUCCAUGAUGUUGUCCACAGCUGCUGCGCCGGGGCCCCCUGGUACCCCUAUCUGCUCCUCCUACCUGAUCCCCCAAGAGAUCCAGCUGCCCACGACCAUGACGACCUUCGCAGAGAUCCAGCCGCUGCCGGCCAUAGAGGUGACCGGAGGAGCUCAGCCGGCAACAGGGGCAUCACCUACCCAGGAGACGCCCGCAGGAGCUGAAGCCGCCCCAGGAAAACCGGAUCUAGAGGAGCUGGUGGCCCUCACUCCACCGUCGCCCUUCAGGGACUCGGUGGACUCGGGGAGCACCACCCCAAACUCUCCAGUCUCCGAAUCGGCCCUCUGCAUCCCAUCCUCUCCCAAAUACGACACUCUCAUCAUCAGAGAUUACACGCAGAGUUCUUCAUCGUUGUGAGCCACUGGAAACUUCCCUGGAAUAGGCCUGAGCAGCAGACCUCUGUGUUCACAGAUGGGCGCAGCGACACCCAUAGUCACCCCAACAGAGAACCUGAGGUGAAAAAUGCCAAGGGCACACACGGUGGAGACGAGAUCAAUAGUGCUAUUUUAUGACAGCCUAUGACGACACCAACUACACAUCUUCUGGCAGAUUAUCUUCUAGUGGCCUUAGAAAACAUGGGCUUCUAUUUUUGGAGUGUUGACCAGGAGUGGGUUAAGCAGUUACAAUACCGGGCGCUUUGCUCUGAGGCAGGAACAGUGUGAAGCAACAUCCUCAGAAAAGUGGAGUUAAAAAGCAACUGUGGACAGUCUUGUUCGUUUACUUCAUUUUCCCAGAAGAGUCUUUGAUUCACCAAACAUUGAAUGUACAUUUUCUAACUAACUCAAAGUAUCUGGGACCAAAAAGUCAACCUUUCUGGGUUUUUUUUUCC